AUUGCAAAUCUUAAUAUGGCACCCAAUAUAACAAAACCUUUAGUGCAAAUAUGGCACCCAAUAUAACAAAACCUUUAGUGCAAAUAUGGCACCCAAUAUAACAAAGCUCGUGAGUAUACACCUGCCCAAUACAAAACCUUUAGUGCAAAUAUGGCACCCAAAAUCAAACGCUAAACUGUUUUAUCACAGUAACGCAUGGUAGAAAGAAUUUUGAAUUGAUUAUGAAAAGACCUAGCUGUGUAGUCCAUGGGUGGGCACAACCAAUUUCAAUAACCUAAACAAAAUUAAAAGUAUGAAAGUAAAGGUUGUAAAUAAUGAAGAAGAAGAUGAAACCACCAUUAAUUGGAAUCAAUAGAUUUGUUCCCCACCUAAGGCAUCCAGUAGAAGCCUACGUCCUCCGUAAACUGCAACUCUACUUCGAUGGCCCUUUAUUCAUUGAUGCCAGAAUCUAGCUAUGAUGAGGAUUAGAAGAGAAAAUUUUGUUGUGCGUUGUGCGGCAUAGAGUGCGCGUGAAUUGGUGGCAAGAACAGAAUUGAUUGCCGGAAUCUAGCCACAAUGAAGAUCAAAAGAAAUCCUGAUUUGCGCAGGUGAAAACAAAAUUGAUUGCCGGAAUCUAGCCACGAUGACGAUCGAAAGAAAUUCUGGUUUGCAUAGAGAGGAAAUUGGUGGAGAGAUGUGAAUAGAGACAUAGUGGGUGGAUGGUUGCCACAGUAUAAAGAUCGUGAAUCUAGACAUCGUGUGUUGACGGUUGCCACAAAAUUUGAGCGGGAUAAUUUUCCUGCUGUUGUAAAUAGGAGGAUAGAGAUAGAGAUUCGAUUUGCAUCCAAAAUAUUGUCAAACCAUUUUUCGGAUGAAGGGCAUUUUUGCCUCGCCCGGCUGCCACUGCUCUUAUGAAUAGGAGAAAUUAUUUUACUCCAAAUGAGUAAUGACAAAUGAUCGUACAUAUCCUUUUGAUGGUUGGAGAGAGAGUCCUCACCACCAAAUGGCCUCGAGACUCUCAACUAUAUCUUCCUCCACACUGAUACGUCGCCCGUUGCCCUUAGUCGGAGCGUUCUGUGUGCUGACUUUCGGUCUCUCCAAUCUUUCCGUCCCUUUCUCCAAAACAGGCUGCGUUCAGUCUCUCCCCUUUACCCCACUAUUCAGAUCAGAACUCGGCGGGAGAUCACAGAGCACUACUAGUGUUCAUAGCUUAAGAAUGGAAGCUAGCGAUAACACUGUGCCUAGUAUCGUGGUCUAUGUUACUGUUCCUAACAAAGAUGCUGGUAAGAAAUUGGCUGAGAGCAUAGUCAAGGAGAAACUUGCUGCAUGUGUUAAUAGAGUACCAGGCGUUGAAUCAGUUUAUGAGUGGGAUGGACAGAUACAGAGUGAUUCCGAAGAGCUGCUCAUCAUCAAAACUAGGAAAUCCCUCUUGGAAGAUCUCACCGCCCACGUCAAGGCCAACCAUGAAUAUGAAGUUCCUGAAGUGAUUGCAUUGCCUAUAGUUGGUGGCAGCACCCAUUAUCUGGAAUGGAUCAAGAACACUACUCGAGAUAAGUGAGUGAUUUGGCUUAAUCAUUAAGAUGACGUUGUACACAUUUACAACGGCCUUGUUUGGAACCUGACUAUUGGCUGGUUUGAAUGGCGAAUUGAAUUAGCUGUUUUGGCCGGCUGUUUGUGUUAGCUGUUAAAAAUUAAAUGUUUGGCAACUUUAGCUGUUUGUAAGUGAAAUUACAUAUAAAGACAUCCUUCCAUU